CACGGGUAUACGUGAUGGUCUCUCAUGACGCCAUGUUUUGAUAUAUAUUAUUAUACCCCCUCAGUCCCCCCUAUCCAUAGCCAAAAAGCAAUAUACGUUCUGUCCAGUGUUUUUCAAUGUGCAGUUUUAAUACAGUGUAUAUAUAUUUAUAUCUCUCUUACUCCAAUAAACACACACAACUUACUUCAGUGUUUUUGUUAACAACAAUAUUUUUUUUUUAAUUUUUCUUUCAUUUGCAUUCUUCUGGCUUUUUUUUUUUUUCUACAUUGAGGUUCUUUACACUCAAGUGUAUGUAUAUUCUCCCUCUCUUUUUACUUGAUCAUCAAGAUCCCGUUACAUUGCUUUAUAAUAAUCAAAAAUAGUGUUGAAACAUUGUCGCAUAUAUUUUUUUAUAAUAAAAAAUUAAUGUGAUAAAAAUUUAAAAAUUUAUUAUAAAUUUAGUGAUGAUUGUUUAAAGCCUAGUAUAAUUUAAUAUAAAUAAUUAUCAAUUUGCUUGACAACAGUGUACAUUAAAAUAAUAACAAUAACAAUAAUAAUAAUAAUAUAAUAAAUAAAUAUAUUUUUUUAUUAUCUUGACUGGAUUAUAGUGAAAAUUGUGUUUGUUAAUAAAUAUUAUUCAUUUGCUGAUGCAGAAAAAAGUGAUAAUAUUGUGGGGGGGGAUCCCUGAGCGUCCACAUCACCGUCGUGGUUGGAUCCUAGUGAACAUUGUAUCAAUAAAAUAUAUAUAAUUUAAUUACGUCAUCAAUAUUAUUAUUGUGUUUAUAUUUUAAUUGAUAUAUAAAUAUUCAAUAUAAAUAAACACACUGGCCUCGGGAGAAUUAUUAUUGUUAUUUUUUUUUUAUAUUUUUUUAUUUGUUUAAAAAAUUAUCAUAAACACAAAACAUCUUGAGAGAUAGAUAGAUUUAUAAAAAACAACAUGGAGUUGCGACUACAUUCACCUGCUGGGGCUGAACCCAUUGUUUAUCAGUGGCCACUUACAUCAGGAUCAGGAAAUGAUAAACAUGAUGGUGCACUUGAUGUUGUUGAGACAAUGCGAUGGGUUUGUGAAGAUUUGCCAGAUCUUAAAUUACCAUUGGAAAAUAAUAUACUUGUUAAUUAUGAUACAAGAGAUUAUGAAAGUAUGAAGGGUCUUUGUGAUCGUUUUAAUCGUGCUAUUGAUAGUUUAGUACAAUUGGAAAAAGGUACAAGUUUACCAUCACAAAGAUUAAAUAAACGACCAAGUAGAUGUUUACUUCGUCAUAUACUUCAACAGACAUAUAAUCAGGCAGUUGUUGAACCAGAUAAAUUAAAUCAAUAUGAGCCAUUUUCACCAGAAGUUUAUGGUGAAACAAGUUAUGAAUUAAUUUGUCAAAUGAUUGAUCAAAUUGAAAUAAAUGAAGAGGAUGUAUUUGUUGAUCUUGGUUCUGGUGUUGGACAAGUUGUAUUACAAAUGGCUGCAGCAACAUCCUGUAAAAUAUGUCUUGGUAUUGAAAGAGCAGAUGUGCCUUCACGUUAUGCAAUAAGCAUGGAAUUAAAUUUUAAAAAAUGGCUUAAUUUUUAUGGUAAACGUUGUGGUGAAUAUCGUAUUGUAAAAGGUGAUUUUUUAGCUGAUGAACAUCGUGAAAGUAUAACUGGUGCAACAAUUGUAUUUGUUAAUAAUUUUGCAUUUGGGCCAACUGUUGAUCAUUCAUUGAAAGAACGUUUUGCUGAUUUACGUGAUGGUGCUAAAAUUGUAUCAUCAAAAUCAUUUUGUCCAUUAAAUUUUCGUAUAACUGAUCGUAAUUUAAGUGAUAUUGGUACAAUAAUGCAUGUAUCAGAAAUGACACCAUUAAAAGGUUCAGUAUCAUGGACUGGUAAACCUGUAUCAUAUUAUCUUCAUGUUAUUGAUCGUACAAAACUUGAACGUUAUUUUCUACGUUUAAAAAAUAAUCGUCUUGGUGGAAUAGAUAAUACAGAUACUGAUUCUGUGAUAAAUAAUACUGCCAGUAAUUGUAGUAAAUUGUCAAAUAAAUCAGAACGUGGUGAACGUGCUAAACGUGAUUUAUCAAGACAACUUGAAAGUCCAAAUAAUUCAGAAUUAUUAGGUACAGCAAGUGAUACUGAUGAUGAUAGUAUUAAAACACGUAGACAAUCAUCUAAAAUACGUAGAAAAUUAAAUAGAAAAGUAACAAGUGGUUUACCAAGACAACCACCAAAAGCUAAACAACAACGUGGUAGAGCUGUUAAAAAAACUAAACCUAAAAAAAGUAUAAAUAUAACUGGUUUAGAUUUAUUACAUAAUCAGACAUUACUCAGUACAUCACCACAAGCUAUUGGUAAAAAAUUACCACCAGCACCUGGUUGUGUUGAUCAGCAUUUAUCAUCAUUGUCAUUAUCAUUACAACCACAUUCAACAACUGUACAUGAAGAACUCAGUAUACCAUCAGCACCAGCAGCAACACCAUAUGCACUACAAAUACUUCUUGAUUUAUACAGAGACCAAUUUAUGACGAUGUUUGAAUCAAUGAGAUCACCGACUUACAAAGUUACUGUUAAUAAUGAUUUAACCAAGGAAAGAGAAAGAAAUUCAAAAUUACAAAGUCGUGCUGCACAAUUGGAAAAACAAAUUAAAGUAUUGAUUGAUGAUAGUGUGGCUUUGUUAAAAGCAAGAAUGACAGAGUUGGGAAUUAAUGCAACAUCACCUUGUGAUUUACUAACCAAAGCUAAAGAAAUUGUCUUGAGGCAUAAACAAUUACAGAAUAAAGCCAGUAAAUUACAGGCACAAGUAUCAUCAAUGGAAACUGAACAAAAUCGUUUAUCAACUAUCAGACAUCAAGAGUUGCAAGAAAAAUAUAAUAUAUCUAAUGUUAAUCCACCACAAGUUGUUACACAAGAUUAUAUACUCAAAGAAAUUUCAACAACUCUUUCACAAAGAAAGAAACUUCAUUCACAGGUAUCAAAACUUGAACAAGAAUUAAAUAGUUUGGAGCGAACAACAUCUGAAAAACAAUCAGUUGCAUUGGCACAACAGCAACAGCAACAACAGCUACAACAACAACAACAACAACAGCAACAACAACAACAACAACAACAGCAACAGCAGCAGCAACAACAACAACAGCAGCAACAACGUGAAUCAAUAUCAAAUAAACAUUCUCAAAAUUCUCAUUCACAACAAAAUGGUAAAUCUACAUCAUCAAGAAAACAUCGUGAAAAUCGUUCACGUUCACAAGAAUGGCCAGAUGUGCCAGAUAUUGGAAAAAUUCAAGAAAAUAAUCCUGAAAUUCUUGCUCAAAAAAUACUUGAAACUGGCCGUCAAAUUGAAGCUGGAAGAAUACCAAGUCGUCAAAAUUCAUCAUCUGUUAAUAAUUCAAGUUCAAAUAAUACAAGAGUACGUUUACCACAAACAAAUUUUAAUUUUUCAUCAUCACCACAACCACAAAAUCAUCGUGAAACAACACCAAAUCGUAUUCAAGAACCACCAAGAGUUGCAAACUUUGAGGAUCGUUUAAAAAGUAUUAUUACAAGUGUAUUAAAUGAAGAUCAACAAAAUAGAACAAAACAACAACAACAGCAACAACAUCAUCAACAUCCACAACAACAACAGCAAACACAACAUCAUCAACAACAACAGCAUCAGAAUCAUCAUCAUCAACAACAACACCAUCAAAACCAUCAUCAUCCACAACAACAACAAUCACACAAUUUAACACAACCACAAUCAUCUCAAUUUAAUGAACUUGAUCGUAAACGUACAUUAUCACAAACAACAGGAACACCUGAUUAUACACAAGUGUCACCAGCAAAACUUGCAUUACGUCGACAUUUAUCACAAGAACGUUUAACGUCAUCUUCUUCAUCUUCAUCAACAACAACAACAUCAUCACAUGUAUCAAGUGGUGAUAGAUUAAUAAAUGAUCGUCCAUCAAGUCGUGAACCACGACAAUCACAAAAUCCAUCUGGAUAUUUAGGUACACGAACAAUUGGUGAUCUUGUUAGUGGUGAAAUUGAAAGAACUCUUGAAAUAUCAAAUCAAUCAAUAAUAAAUGCUGCUGUUGAUAUGAGUGCAAUGGCAAGAUCUGAGGCUGUUUAUUCACCAAUAAGUAGACCAACAAGUGCUGAAGGUGAAACUGGUCUUGCAACACUUGCACAUGUUGCUAGUUAUGCACCAAAUUCAGCAGCAGCAGCAGCAGCAGCCGCUGCAGCAGGAUCAACAACAACACCAUCAGCAUCAACAUCAACAACAUCAUCAAGAUCAUCAGUUUUAUUUACACCUGGUAAUCAAGGACAAAGAUAUACACCAGUACAAUUACCACGUGCUGAUAUAAAACCAUAUCAUGAAAGUUAUUUUUCUGAUAAUACAUCACAACCACAAAUUAAUCAAACUCAAUCAGCACCACCAUUACACUCAAUGGGACAACCAUCAAAUGGUGAUGUACCAGUUGAAGGUCUUGCUGCAUCACUUCAUGCUAGAAUUAUUAAUAAUAAUACAAAUAAAAAUGAUAAUGCAAGAAGAUAUCAACCAUAUUCAAGAUAUCCAAGUUGUAGUAGUAGAAGUUCAAAUGACAGUCGAGUACCAUCACCUUCACCAUCACCACAAUUGUCUAGUACAGUUGUUAAAACUGAAUCAUCUGUCAGUACAUCUGGUGCACCUUUGAGCCCAAUGGCUGAGCCACACUCAAAUACAUCAACUCCACUUGUCGAUGAACCUCAUAUGAUUACACAGAGGCAAAGAAAUGGCAUUGGUGAUGAUGAUGGUGAGACAGAUUGGCAAGAUCGUAUAAGUUCUGGAUUUGAUCGAUUAGUUGCAUUUGCAUCAACUGAACUUGAUAAACGUCGACGUUCAACUGAAGGUGUUAAUACAAGUCCAGACAGUGGAUUAGGUUUAGAUACAGCUGUUAUUGGACCACCACCAAUUGUUCCAUCACCUGAUGAUGCAUUAGGACCACCAAGAACACCAUCACCACUUAGUCCAAGGCCAACAAAUUCAUCAAAUAAUAGUAGUACAUCAACAGUACCACUUAAAUAUCAACGUCAAACUGAUCCAGAACGUCAUCAUUUUAAAAAAAAAUUCUUUUAUAAUUCAUCUGGUAGUACAAGUAAAUUUCGACCGAAAGGAAAAGACUGGGAUUGGCAUAGUAAUUCGGGUAAUUGGCCCUCAUCAAAUAGCGAUCAAUCGUAAUUUUUUUUUCAUUAUUAUUGACUAUUAUUAAUUUAAAAAAAUUAAUUAACAUUUUUUUUUUUUUCUUCCUUUUUUCCUUAUUUAUUUAUUACUACUAUUAUUAUUAUUUUCUUGUUUUUUGUUAGUUAGUAAAUUUAUUUGAAAGAGGGUGAAUAAAGGAAAAAUUGUUUUUGUAAAAAUUUAGUUAUUGUUACAUAUGUUUAGGUCCAGGAUCUACUGUAUUGCGUGUUAUUAAAAAAACGUUAAUUAUAAUUUAUUUUAUUAUUAUUAUUAUUUAAGUUUUUUUUUUUUUUUUUUUUAAUUACUUUUGACCUAAUUUGUCGAGUUGAUUCAAGUUUUUUAAAAAUUUUUUUUUCCAAUAGAAAUGAAUAUACAAAAAAAAAAAUGUAUAGAAAAAUAAAAAAGGUAAAAGCUUUCUGCAAAAGGUUUUUGUAUUUACGAUAAAAUACUGAUCGUAUUGAACGCGAAUUACCUGGGAUUAGAGACUGAUACAAUGAUAUAAUUGGUUAAGUUAAUCAACCAAAAUGAAAAAAUAAAAAGAGAUUUUUAAAUAGACAAAAAGAAAAAAAAAAAAAGAAAACCUUUGUGUGUUCGGUUGCAAAAAUAAAUUGCAAAGCAAACAAGAGUGAGUUUUUUUUUUCUUUUUUUUUUUUUUCAAAUUUAUAUAUAGAUAUAUAUAAAGCAAGAUCACAUUGACUAAAAGUGUUCAUAUUGUAAUUUCUUAGUGUAUUUGAAAUAAAAAAAUAAAUAAAAAAUUGUAUCGUCGUGAAUGGUAAACAUUGCAAUAAGCAAGUCAAACAAACAAAAUAUAUAUUUAAAAAAACAAGUAUAAAUAAUUGUACACAAUAAUUAAUGGAAAAAAAAAAAUAAAAAAAUAAAUUUA